GGAUGAGUCUUGCAUCGAGCGACAGGAAAAACGUUGAAAGAAUGACAAGUGAUAGAAAGAAGGUUGGUCGAAAAAGAGAUGGAGUUUUUAGAUUACAUAAGGAUCGCUUAGAAUUCGGUGCUAUAGAGGCUGGACGUGACUUGGAAGGAUCAAGGAGAGGAAGACUGAAUGAGCUUUCCAUUUAA